UACAUACCUAGGCAAGCAGGCAAGCUUAUCUAUUCUGUAAUCAAAGGCCCGUGUUAUCUCAUUGUAAAAGUGCGUGUUUUUCUCGUACAUUUUCAGCGUAAACAAUACGAAUUCUCCAAGUGUUCAUGAAAAUUUGACUGAAAAGAUUAAUCGUAAUCUUUAAAACUUGAAUUUUGGUAAUCUAGCCACGUGAUAUAAUGGCAGCUCCUGUGCAUCGAAGAACUAUAGAAAGCAAGCAAGUUCCAAUGUACUUCACCCUCCUCAGGAGUAAUACAGACAAUCGUAAAGGAUUGGAUUGAGCUUAGUCCAUUGAUGCAGCUGUUUUUGAAAAAUUGCAAUGGAUACCAUAGAUCUCACAGAAAAGUUUUUAAGGGUUGCUGACAGUCUUAAUGUUUUCUAUUCCUUGAGCAUAUCAAAACUUGCAAUAUUCACUGUUGCGUGCCCGCUGAUAGCACUUUUUACUUGUUUUAUCACAGCAGUUAUUUAUCAAUUUGAUGAUGUACAUGAAACUCAUUGUAGGGUUUUUAAUAUAGUUCCUUCAAUCAGCGCGGUGACAGGUGUCAGCCCUCAACGCUACUUGUGGCGAGCAAGUAUCGCUCUGCAUUUGGCUCCAAGGUUACUCUUAGCGUCUCUGUACUACACUUAUUAUGGAGAACGGCUUACAGAUGUGGAAGCGUCACGCGACAUGGGCCAGAUUCUUCGAACUGUUUGCUAUUGGUUAAAUGUUGUUGAAAUCUUCUCUCUAGCUGGUGUCACUUAUAUCUCCAACAUUGAUAAUUACCCUAUUCAUGAAAAGUUAUUCAUAACUUUCAUGACUACUUCCCUAACAUACAUGCUGUUUACGCUUAAACUGUUCCGAAUCACACAUCCAGAGAUGAAUCAAGUCAACCAAAAAUCAUACAGAUGGAAAAGAACUUUCUUCACUCUUUCAAUCAUCUGCACUGUUGGUCUUGUCAUAUUUUUUAUGCAACAUCGCUUAUUAUGUCAUAAUUUAGCGUUUAGUUGGUUUGCUGCAUGUGAAUAUGUGGUGGCAGCCUCAAACAUGGCCUUUCAUUUUACUUGCAUCUAUGAAUUCCCGGACGAGUACUUGUUUGUGACAUCAACCCCAUCAAAAACCAAGAAAACAAUCAAGAACUCCACUGACACCCCAUCAAGUCCUACAAAAACUAAAAAAACCAACAAGAAACUUGUAUAAAUUGGCCGCUUUCCCCUGUUUCAGAAUUUACUCUAAAAAGCUUUUCUGUCAAGGUUUGUACCAACUUAUGUUAGUUCUUACCUUGCUUUUUUAGAAUUCAGUAAUUUUAUAAAGUUACCUUGCCUCCAAAAUCAGUGAAGUUGACAAGUGAUAUGAGACUUCCCUCUGCCACAUUUGCCACAUUUUAUGGGCCAAGGUAACCUAGAAGCAAAACUGGUUACUCACAUGCUUUUUUUAUGAGAUGAGAGCUAAUAUGUAGUCUAGGAGGUGCGCGGAGGUGCAGUUUGAGAUUUACUCUGAGCACACAUCAAGCCAUUUUCACAGCACAAAUUCGGUUGGCUGAGAAGGAAUCAUGUGUAGGAGAAAUGGAUCAGCAUAUGACUCUGAAAUACAUCUCUCGAAUAUCAACCAAUAAAUCUCAAUGAAAUUUUGCAAAGGUAAAAUUUACAGCGCCAAUACCUAUGACGCCAAUACCAAAACCUAUGAACUACUAUAAAACGACCAAAAUUUAAAAUAAAUUUGGACCAGACAUUGCAGUGUUACUCAUUUGAUUGCACAUUAUUUUUAAUGACUCUAACUGAAAUGUAAUCCAUUUUUAGCUGUGUGAGUACCCAUAUUUGUAAUAGGAUACACUAUUGUGGGCCAUUGAAGCAUGUAAACCUCUCUUUUUUUUGAUAGAGCAAUCUAGUUUUUAAAACCAAGAAACUUGAAAAACUUUGGUAGAAAAAAGUUGCUGUCGAAAUUUUCUUCAGAGUUAGAGGAACUCAGUGGGGAACGGAACAUUUUUCAGCCCCCUUACGAAGCCAAGUUGUCACAUUUUCGAACUCAGUGUCCGUAUCUGUUCUUUUCAGAAAAUAUUGUUUUCUGAGUCUCGUUAAUCAUUGUAGCAAUUGUUAGUCAACUCCUGUUUCUAAUUUUUUUUUUCAACUCUCAAAUCUCUCAGUUGCACAAAACUUUUGAUAAUCCGGCUUAAUUUGGACAGGACCAAUGAUAAUUAAAAUAUCAGGAUAGUGGUCAGAGAAAUCAAUAUUUAGCAAUGUGGUAUGUACCACUUUCAGUGAAUACAUGCCUUUGUUUGGCAGACAUGCACGCAAUAAUGAUCAGACUGUGCUCUCUUCACACCAAUCUUACAUCGACAUUUGAAUGUUAGUAUGUACCAUGACAUAACACUUGUAACACCAAGGACUGCUUUUUCCGGCAUCUCAACCGCGUGUUUUUUUUUUAAAUUGAUCCGUAUAAUCCGAAGUUUUGUGUGAAUUGAAAGCAGUUUUUAUUUCAUAUUUUUUCUGAAUACGCUUAUUUCUUUCCAUUGUUGCACAUUUUGUCUUUAUUUCUCAAGCUGCUACUAAUGGGUGCAAAGAGAAUUUUUUAUGCUGAGAAACAUUGCUAGAUUGAUUGAAAAAAAAUUGUCGACCUAUAGUCUCUAUGCAAUAGUAAGCGGUCAUUUUUCAGUGCCUGUCUAUGAGCAAUCUUUAAAUUUCUCCCUGCAUUUUUCUAUGUUGCUGGCUCUGAAUACACUUUUUACUCCUCUGGUCACAAGUGAUAGACCGUGAUGUCUUUUGUCUUGCGCUACAGAUUCCAGGCGACCAGGGUUGUUUGACAGCAAGUUUUUAGGCAGUAAUUGCUUUACUUGUGAAUCGACUUUGAAGUAAUCGUAAUCAUCCACCAAUCAUUAGUUACAUUAUUACAAGCUUUUUCAAUCUGCAGCUAUAAAUGCAGGUUACAGAAUAUUUACGUAACACGCAUAGAAAAAAGACGAUUCUUAUGAACUCUUGAUUCUCAUCAGUAUUUUAUCAAUUCUGGUUGGAUUUAGAUCUAAAAAGUGUGCAUUUUUAUGAACCCUGGUUGGAAGUGAAUCUUACGGUUAAAGCUAUGGAAAAGUGUUAUUUGGAAGGUUUUCAACAUCCAUUUAUUGAUUUUUAUUGCAAAUUUUGCAUUCAACCUGUAUUGAAAGGCUUGUAUAAAUGUAGCUGUUGUAAGCAUAAUGAAAAGGUAAUGUGCUAACACCGCCGUAACCGCCAAUGAGAAUUCCAGCAUAGAAUUUUAGAGAGGAUUUAGUGUUUUUUUUGAAGUGCUGGCAAAAACUUUAGCAAAAAUUAGACACUAAUAAGUGCAUGAAUGAUCUGUACAGACCUAUAGCGGCACUCUAAUGUUUUUGAUGUCAGUAUAAAUGGGUCAGUUAAGUUCAGCAACAAUGCUCAUUUGGGCGAUUGAAAUACCACUCUUCCCAUAAAAUUAGGGCAUUUUUUUCUUAGGCCGUAGAACCACAUCAACUAAAAGUGAAUUCUGUUGUAAUUCUAUUUUAAUUCUUGCUUCCAGAGGAUUUUGCUGGAUUUCCAAAACUGUAAUAUUUUAGGUGCUAUAGAAUGUAAAAUCUUUUUCAUAUCUCUUUUUUAAGUGUACAGUGUGAGACUGUCUUUGUCUAAUGGUAUUGACCAAAGCAUGAUUUUUUCCUCUUGUCCAACGCUCAGUUCCUCUCUUCCCCCACUGCGAUAUAAAAGGCUUCAUAAGGGUUUCAUAGGUCAAGAUAAUCAAGAUAAUCUCUCUUAUUUUAGAGAUAACGAAAUUAUGUUUUGAAAUGUUUCCUAAAAAUUGGAAAGAGAAAUUUUCUCUUUUUUAGUGUUUAGUGGUAGUAAUUGUAGUCUAGAGAACUAGUCUAUUCAUUCAUGUCUUUUUUCUGUCAAAAGUUUGAAGUGUCCACUUAGUUUCCGGUGGUCGCAAAGGGAAAUGCAAUAGAAUUUGUGAGAGUUAUGAAUAUUUGUAUGCAAGGAGUAAUCAGUGAACAUUUCUAUUCCUUCUUAUUUUUUUAUUUCACUGAGGUAGUUACUAAAGUGAACAACAAAUUUAAGUAUUCAUUUUUAAAAUCGUUGCCAAUUGGAAUGGUGUUGUGUUUAAAUCAACAGAGACUUCUUUGUGCUUUCAAAAAAGUUUGUCUUGUUUCAAUCAAAGAGGCACCAGAUUUAUUAUGCCAGAAACCCUAAAAUCUGCCUAUCUUUGUUUUUCCGUUUUUAUUGUUGCCAAGUUUUCUUCAAACUCAUCUAAAUUUUCGACAUAGGUAUGUAUUUUUCUAUCAGGAUGACGUACGUUUAUGUUCCUACAGUUUAUCUUUUGAGCGGUGGCACUUGAGUAACCCUCCUAUUGCUUAAUUCACUGUUGUGUCCUUCGUGAAUAUCAGACCUGAGCUGGAAGUCUUCAUAGGAGCAAUUAUUAAGAGACAUGAACUACUAAUGUGAUUGUCAUCCCGAUUCCUUUUUCCUUGUCUGUCUCUGUAGUUUUCGGAGGGGAGGGGGAAGUGUUUUGAAAGUAAGGAAGGUUUUAAUGUUGUUCACCUUUUCAAAAAACUUCUUUUGCACAGUAUGUUAGAUGUUUGAUUUUACUGGGGGAAUAGCAUUCGAUCACUGAUAUUCAAAGGCAAACUGUAAUUGCUCUUAUGAAAAUGCUCCCUUUUCCCAAGGUUUAUGUAUGGGAAAAUUAUCAGGGGAGCCCGAGGGAUGUUCACGUUUGAAACCAAUUGAAGUGAUUGUUUUUAAUUAAUGAUGUAAGGGUAAAGCCUCUCUAUUAAUGCAUGUUUUUUUUCAAAACAGCUUGUAAACGGAACUGUUGUGAAUCUAGUCAAUUCUAGUUUGAGUAAUUUUAUUUUUAGUUGUGUUAUUACCGCUUAUGCACGAAAAUAUAAUUAAUUUAGCUCUGUGCCUGUGCUCAAUGACAUGUUUGUCAAGAAUUUUCUAGUCACCAAAUUUCUUAUUUUUGAGCAUAUGGUCCUCUCAGGUUACCUCUAAUUAUUGAGUGACCGCUUAUCGUUUAAAUUUGGAAGCUGAUAAAUAAUAAACUUUUUUUAACAUAUCCACUGUUAGGAGGGUAGUAAAGUAAUUCUGAUUGAAAUUCGCUAAGGGCAUCUGCUGCGAAAGUAUUUCUUUCAGAUUAAGACCUUUGAAAAGUGCCUUAACAUGAAAGACUCAAAUUGAAACUGCAUUAAUAGUCUUGAAUGGAUGUUAUUACCAGUGUUGACCGCAUCUAUGCCUUCUAUGAAAUAACGAGUCAAAAAUGAUAGAACGUAUGUAUCUUCAAAUUUUCAUCAGUAAUCAACCCUUAUGAGAGAGGUGGACUUGACACACUCUCUAAUCCUUAAUGAUGUUCGAAAUAUUAUUAAAAAAACUGCCUGACAGUGAAUGUGUCAAAAACUGUUAAUGAGAUAAAAGGAAUACAAAUAAUUAAGAAGCAAGCUCAGUCCUUGCAUGGAUAAAAAGAGAAAAUAAAAAAAAGUAUGAUUUGACCUUGUAAAAUGUUCAAAACGUUUUGUUGAAAUUCGCUCAUUACAAAGCAAAAUUUUCAAUCUUUUUUUUUCAGAACUUGUCAGAGCUCUUAGAAUAAACAAGAGCCGGCUGUCAUUCCUACUUUUACAAUUUUUUGUUUUAUUUCGUUUUUAAUUUUCAUUUUUUGGUGUAUUCUAUGAAAGAAGGAAAAUGAAAAAAGUCCAUAGCUUCAGCCCAAGUUCAGUAAUGGCAUUGCGUUUUGGUCAAAGAUUUUCGCCACUAUGCUGCGUUGCUAUUUUACCAGUUAGGAAUUUGCUUUGCGUUUAUUCUAGUUAUGUCUAUUAUUCUUGGUUCAUCAGUUGCAUUGUCUCCUGUAUGAAUCUUCCGAGUUGAAUUUUUCCUAUGCUGGGGACCUAGUGUUUCAUUUUUUUUUUUUUUUGUUAUCAAUUUUUCUUCUAUGUUUGUUAUACUUUUAUUUUCUCUCUAGCUUUGUAGGAACUCUAAGCUAUUUUCCGUAAUUAGAUGUUUGCAUCUUCAGUCUAAUGAUUUUUAGAUUAAGUAUUCGGUUGACUUCCUCAUCUUUAGUCUCUAGUCAAUCAUUGAGUCAGUCAUUGUGGUUAUACAUUUUUCUGGAGCUCGCUUCAGUUUAGAAAUUUGUAUUGAAUGCAAUCUUAAACUUCAGUUAUUUUACUUUCUCUUUAUUUUUGUCAUAAUAUAUUGCAAUAAGAAUUUUUUAACAGAAAGUAUUUGAAGUAACCACUGUGAGUCCAAGUAUGCUAAUUUUUUGUUUUUCCAUCUUAACCUUUCUAUGCGGAAGAUAAAUGCCCCUAAAAGAAGGGGGCAUUCACUUUUAAGUAGCCUAUUUGCUAAGGUGGGAAUGUUCAUUUUCAGAGUAUGCAUAGUAUUGAACUAGCUGAUUUUAUCGCUCAUUUUUGGUGAAUAGUGAACUUUUUGGAUAAUUUUUUUUGCCCUGUUUUUCCAGAAACGCAACGUUGCAAUGCCUCGUAACAAUUUUUUAUUCUUUUGCCGUUUUUUAAAGGUUAAUAUUUCUUUAGGAAUGAAUAAAUUAGAUAAUUGCCCUCUUGCUCAAGUAUCAAAUUCCUGUAGGAAUAUUUGGCAGGUUAUGAAUUAUGGGAGGCAUCAUCCCAGGCUGUUAGGAAAACAGGGCUCCAACAACAAGUAAUGCUCCAACAGUUGAACCCAUUUUCUCUCAAAUGGAACAUGUUGAAGGUACUGAAAGUAAAAUCAGAAGAGAAUUUCACAGUUCAUCGCUUACCCCCAAAUGGAUGAGUUAUCAGUGAAGAUGUUUGUAUUCGGCUUUGCAAAUGAUGCCUAUUAAGCCAACGGUUAGCUCUUGAAUCAUCAAGAGUUUUUUUCUCUAGACUUGUUCUCCUUUAACAAUUUUGAAUUUUAAAAAUGGUUUAGAAUGAUCAGACUUAUUUUGUACCCAUUUCAUUUUGUUUUUUAUUGAGAGGGAUCCAACUCUUUAGUCAAUCAUCUCAAUGAUUGGUACAGGAGUGGAGGAUUGUUAAACUGUUUUAAUAUCCCAUCGGCAGAUUCACAUUCUUUGUAAUGAUUGCUAUCUGAUCUGCCAGCCCAUUUUUGAGAACUUAGCGAUUGUUCCAAAGGCACAUUUUCAGGACUUUUGCCUGUUUUAACCAGAAUUAACAGUUUUAACCGGCUAUUUUGGCAAUUUUUUUUGUUUUUGUUUUGUUCUUUUUUCGUAUCCUAUACUUUGCGGAACUUUUAGAUUUGAAUCAGCAAUAAAAUCAAUCUUGAAAUUUUAUGACGUGUUCACUUCUGAUGAGAAUGGGUUCAAUUUCUAAAAAAAAUAUCUAAUCAAGUCAACUUUCCUCGAGCGUUUAAUUGAUGUACUCACAAUUUUUCCGUUCUGAAAUUUCUGUCAAAUUAUUUUUAUUCAACAAUCAACAUGUUACCUAAUUUGAAUAAUGUACAUCUCUCCAAUUAUUUUUUAGAUAGUUCAUAUGAAUCUUUGUUGAUCAGGUGGAUAGUGGGGUUUUUUAAUAAAACUUUACUCAAAGAUCAGCCUCAUAAAAUUAAAAUCCUAACUCGGUUUUUUUUUUUUUUUUUUUUUUUUUUUUUUUUUUUUUUUUUAUUUACCUGAUUAGUUAUUUUCGCCAGCUUUGAUUCACUGUCCAAUCAGUGAAUUUAAUUUUUCUUCCCCCUUUUUUCAUCUUUUUUUUGGCAGUUCAAGUCCCUUCUCUGACCGUAUUGUGUUGUAGGUGUGAGAGCAAAUUUGUUUUCACUGAAAGAACCCAGAGUUAAAUCACCAAGAGGUGAAUUUCAUUGGUACUUGCAUCUUAAUUAUCUAGUUUGAUUUUAUUUGGUUGGAUGUGUGUUUUUUUUCACAAGUUUCAUUAGUCAAUGCUACAUGUAAUUACAUCUUACUUGGCAGUACUGAAGGUUGUGAGAAAAUGUUCAUACAAAUGGAUUCUCUGAUAGUCAAAAGUUAAACCUUUUAAUUUAACGUAGGUAAUGGUUAUCAACUGUGAAAGUAUGCUAUUGAAGUUGUCAGUUUUACCAGUGUUUCAUCAUUGCACAUCCUUCAGUCACUGCUCCAUGUUGAUGCAAAAAAGAAAAAAAAUCUUUCAGAUUUUAUAUUGAAUCUCUUUUUUUCACCUCUUAAAACAAACUAUUGUUGAGUUAUGUAUCCAGAAUUUUGGAAGGAAUCCUUGCUCUUAUUAAGCUGUCAGUCAGAGGUAUCAGAAAUAAUUAUUUUCAACAAGUCAGAAAGAGUAUAUUUGAAUUAGUUUAAAUCCAAGAACAUAAACUAUUAGGGGAAUCUUUAAAACAUAUCAUAAUAAAAGUGCUGAGGAGUAAAUUGUCCUAUUUAGCUGGCGAGGAUAGCUCUGGAACCGGCAUUUGUUUCUUUGCUGUCCUAUGUUCAUGCCGGCCCUGUUAUUUCCUCGGAUAUACUUCCUUUUGGAGUUAGUUUUAAAAGCUGAACAACUUCUCCUCUGAGGUUGAUCGGUUGAGAUAGUUUUUUAUUCAUGUUUAAAAAUUGUCUAUUAAUUUUCAAUUAAAAAAAAGAAAAAAAUAAGUCUUUAUUGUAUGACUUUUUUUUAGCAGCAAGAAUGAAGAAGUUGGUGCACAGGGUAGUAGGGAUAAUGUUCAGAUUUUCUGGCCCUCUGAUAAUAUGAAGAGCAGAUUUUAAUAACUGAAAGAUGGGUGGAAUCAAUUGCUUUUAUAUCUCACCAAAAUUAUCAAAAUUAAUCACCUUGUUUAAUCAUCCGAACCCAUGAAUACUCCACCAUCACCAAAUUACUAGUUAAUUAAAAACUUGAAUAUUGAGCCUCAUAGAAUUUUGAUAAUCAUAAAACUAGUGCAUUCGUUUACUUAUGUGGCUGGUCUAGCAAGUUAUGAAGUAGGCACCUAGUGUUAAUUGCAAACUGUAAUGUAUUUUCACUGUUGGUUUUUAGUCACUCAUUGAUCCAAUGAUCAUGUAUUAUUAAAUCUUAAUUAAAUUUUUUUUGUAUGAGUACCUCUCGAAUAUUUUAAAUACCCAUACAGAUUUAUGUGCAGUGAAGUUUUUAUAACUUAGGUACGUCAAAGAUUAUGUGAAAAUCUAAUAAAUAUUCUGAAUUUAAGUA